CAUGUGACGCCACUUCCCCGGGAUAGGAGGCGUUGUCCCACGGUUCUGCUGCUCAGGCGUCACUUCUAUGCAGAAACCGGCUAUCCUGCAAAAGGACAUACACUAGAUAAAGCCUAGACAUAAAAUCGAACGGUGCAGGUAUAUUUGUGUCUUCGUUCGUGCUAUUAUUAGGGGUUGCUUGUCCAGGAUACAGGCUACGUUGAAAUAUAAUAUCAUCGUAGUCUUUUCGUGCACAAAAUGAUCAAGAACGGACAUCACCCAAUGAACACAACAGGGAAAGAUGCAGGGACGAACCUCGGCGCUACAGCUUGCAGUCCGGAGAAGAGAAGACGAACCAUCCGGGUGUGGUGUGACGGGUGCUAUGACAUGGUCCAUUAUGGUCACUCCAACCAGCUGCGGCAGGCCAAGGCCAUGGGAGAUUACCUCAUCGUUGGAGUACACACAGACGGUGAGAUCUCACAGCACAAGGGUCCCCCGGUCUUCACCCAGGAUGAACGAUACAAGAUGGUAAGAGCCAUCAAGUGGGUGGAUGAGAUAGUGGAGGGAGCGCCCUACGUCACCACGCUGGAGACCCUGGACAAGUACACCAGUGACUUCUGUGUGCACGGAGAUGACAUCACACUAACAGCGGAUGGGAAGGACACAUACGAAGAGGUGAAGAGGUCAGGGAGGUACAGGGAGUGCAAGCGAACCCAGGGAGUUUCUACCACAGACCUGGUCGGUCGCAUGCUACUGAUGACCAAAGCCCACCACAGCAACAUAGGCCAUUCAGACUAUCAACAGCACACAGACAACUUUGGGAAGGUGUUGCAGGGUCCGAAGGGCCACAGUCCGUGGACGGGGGUGUCCCAGUUCCUCCAGACGUCCCAGAAGAUUAUCCAGUUUGCCUCAGGACAGGAGCCUCAGCCUGGGGACACCAUCAUCUAUGUGGCUGGAGCCUUCGACCUCUUCCAUAUCGGCCAUGUGGACUUCUUGGAGGCUGUUUCCAGGCUUUCAGACAAGCCAUAUGUUAUAGUGGGGUUACACUUUGACCAGGAGGUGAAUCGCUACAAAGGGAAGAAUUACCCCAUUAUGAACGUCCAUGAGAGAACACUCAGUGUGCUGGCCUGUCGAUAUGUCUCUGAGGUGGUGAUUGGUGCGCCUUAUGCAGUCACGAGAGAGUUACUAGACCACUUCAAGGUGGACCUUGUGUGUCAUGGGAAGACAGAGGUGCAUCCUGACAAAGACGGGUCUGACCCCUAUGCCGAGCCCAGAAAGAAAGGAAUACUGCACACUGUGGACAGUAUGAACAGCCUCACCACUGAUAGUAUUGUUCAGAGGAUCAUCAAAAACAGGCUGCUGUUCGAGGCCAGGAACCAGAAGAAAGAGGCCAAAGAGAUGGCUGUGAUCCAAGCCAUGAAGAGAAGAGAGGAGGAGAAAGGCAAGGAGAGAGCCCAGGCUGUGCUCUAGGACGACAGGCCCGAAGGAGCACUCCCACCACGAGGAACCAUUGACCACCCUCAGGGUCAAUCUGAGACUGACUAAACCCAAUACAUCUAAUCCCCACCACCAAUGCAGCGCAGUCAAUCCACCUCACCUGUGUUCCAACUCCCAACCAACACCCUGCAGGUCAUACACUCUCCUUACCAACAGCCAGACAGCGAGCCUUUGUUUUCAACAUGCAGUAUUCUUACAAUGGGAGUUCUGUUGUAGGUUUGACAUGGUAACAUGUUAGGUGAGGCUGUUUUCUUUGUCUUUAUAUCUUAAUACAGGCUGAAUGGAUUUACAUGUUCUUUAUUUCUUAUGGUUUCACAAACCACCCAAACAAUAUAGACCUCUCACUGUCUCCCCUUCCCUCACUGAGUUAUAACCAGACAAGGAUCAAGAAGGACCAGCAUAGUCACUGAGUUAUAACCAGACAAGGAUCAAGAAGGACCAGCAUAGUCACUGAGUUAUAACCAGCCAGACAGAGAACCAGAAGGCCCAACAUAGUCACUGAGUUAUAACCAGCCAGACAGGGAACCAGAAGGCCCAACAUAGUCACUGAGUUAUAACCAGCCAGACAGGGAACCAGAAGGCCCAACAUAGUCACUGAGUUAUAACCAGACAAGGAACCAGAAGGCCCAACAUAGUCACUGAGUUAUAACCAGACAAGGAACCAGAAGGCCCAACAUAGUCACUGAGUUAUAACCAGCCAGACAGGGAACCAUAAGGCCCAACAUAGUUACUGAGUUAUAACCAGCCAGACAGGGAACCAGAAGUCCCAACAUAGUUACUGAGUUAUAACCAGCCAGACAGGGAACCAGAAGGCCCAACAUAGUCACUGAGUUAUAACCAGCCAGACUGGGAACCAGAAGUCCCAACAUAGUCACUGAGUUAUAACCAGCCAGACUGGGAACCAUAAGGCCCAACAUAGUCACUGAGUUAUAACCAGCCAGACUGGGAACCAGAAGUCCCAACAUAGUCACUGAGUUAUAACCAGCCAGACAGGGAACCAGAAGGCCCAACAUAGUCACUGAGUUAUAACCAGCUAGACUGGGAACCAGAAGGCCCAACAUAGUCACUGAGUUAUAACCAGACAAGGAACCAGAAGUCCCAACAUAGUCACUGAGUUAUAACCAGCCAGACAGGGAACCAGAAGGCCCAAAAUAGUCACUGAGUUAUAACCAGCCAGACUGGGAACCAGAAGGCCCAAAAUAGUCACUGAGUUAUAACCAGCCAGACAGGGAACCAGAAGGCCCAACAUAGUCACUGACUUAUAACCAGACAGGGAACCAGAAGGCCCAACAUAGUCACUGAGUUAUAACCAGACAAGGAACCAGAAGUCCCAAAAUAGUCACUGAGUUAUAACCAGCCAGACAGGGAACCAGAAGGCCCAAAAUAGUCACUGAGUUAUAACCAGCCAGACUGGGAACCAGAAGGCCCAAAAUAGUCACUGAGUUAUAACCUGCCAGACAGGGAACCAGAAGGCCUAACAUAGUUACUGAGUUAUAACCAGCCAGACAGGGAACCAGAAGGCCCAACAUAGUCACUGAGUUAUAACCAGCUAGACUGGGAACCAGAAGGCCCAACAUAGUCACUGAGUUAUAACCAGCCAGACAGGGAACCAGAAGGCCUAAUAUAGUCACUGAGUUAUAACCAGCCAGACAGGGAACCAGAAGGCCCAACAUAGUCACUGAGUUAUAAUCAGACAAGGAACCAGAAGUCCCAACAUAGUCACUGAGUUAUAACCAGCCAGACAGGGAACCAGAAGGCCCAACAUAGUCACUGAGUUAUAACCAGCCAGACUGGGAACCAGAAGGCCCAACAUAGUCACUGAGUUAUAACCAGCCAGACUGGGAACCAGAAGGCCCAACAUAGUCACUGAGUUAUAACCAGCCAGACAGGGAACCAGAAGGCCCAACAUAGUCACUGAGUUAUAACCAGCCAGACUGGGAACCAGAAGGCCCAACAUAGUCACUGAGUUAUAACCAGCCAGACAGAGAACCAGAAGGCCCAGCAUAGUCACUGAGUUAUAACCAGCCAGACAGGGAACCAGAAGGCCCAACAUAGUCACUGAGUUAUAACCAGCCAGACAGGGAACCAGAAGGCCCAACAUAGUCACUGAGUUAUAACCAGCCAGACAGGGAACCAGAAGGCCCAAAAUAGUCACUGAGUUAUAACCAGCCAGACAGAGAACCAGAAGGCCCAAAAUAGUCACUGAGUUAUAACCAGCCAGACAGAGAACCAGAAGGCCCAACAUAGUCACUGAGUUAUAACCAGC